AGUAGAUACUCGGAGAAAGGCCAACCGGAGCUUUGCUGCUCGCGUCGUGGCGCGGCACCAGGUCGCUUCAUCAUCAAGCCUAAAACCCGAUGGGGCGGCUGCGCGCGUGCCGCCACCACCUCCGCCGCCUCCUCGAGGCGAGGCCGCCGCCACCGAGCCCCACUCCGGCGCGCCUGCCGCACCUCCCAGCCCGCGUGUCUCCUUUUUCCUCGGCCGUGGCGGUCGCUGCCACGGUGCCCCAUGACACCCGCGACUCCGGCCUCGGGAGCUCGGCCUACUGGGCCUGGAUCCGGGCGGCGGCAGAGUCGGCCCCGGCCCCCGCGCCCCCACAGGAGGAGGAGGAGGAAGGCCCGGCGCGCUACAUCCCCGUCAAGGCCUACUUCCUCUCCACCAGCAUUGAUCUGAAGAGCUUGCAGGCGGAGCAUGGGACCGACGUGGUACCCCCAUCGACCCGGUCGCUAAAUUACAUUGCGCUCCGCUACUCCGAAUUCCCUCCAGAGAUCAUGGACAUUGGAGUGAAGGACAGCAGAUUUUGUUAUCGCUAUGUGGUUGUCUUCCAAUAUGGUUCUGCUGUGCUCUUCAAUAUUGCUGAUCAUGAAGCUGAGCACUAUCUUGAGAUGAUCAGGAAUCAUGCUUCUGGAUGGCUUCCAGAGAUGAGGAAAGACGAUUAUGCAGUAGUAGAGAAGCCGUCCCUGACAACAUGGAUGAAAGGAGGUCUUGAUUACAUAGUACUUAAAAGUUUAGACACUGAUGGAAUUCGGAUCAUUUCAAGUGUUCUUGGUCAAAGUAUCGCUCUUGAUCAUUACAUACGGCAGGUCGAUGAUAUGGUUGAGGAAUUCACUGAAAUCAAUCGUACCAUGGAGAAGACUGGGGACUUCACAAUGAAAAGAAAGAAGCUCUUUCAACUUGUGGGCAAGGCUAAUUCUAAUCUUGCAGAUGUUAUCAUUAGACUUGGCCUUUUUGACAGGUCAGAAAUUGCUUGGAAAAAUGCAAAUUAUGCACAAAUUCUGGAGUAUCUCCGGGAAGAAUAUGAACUGAAUCAACGUUUUGGAAGCCUAGACUUCAAACUGAAAUUUGUGGAGCACAAUGUUCAUUUUCUUCAAGAAGUGCUCCAAAAUAGACGAUCGAAUUUUCUGGAGUGGGGUGUCAUAAUACUGCUGGCUAUUGAGAUUGUGAUCUCACUAUACGAAAUUAUCAAGGAUUCCAGCAUGAUGUCUUGAGCACUCUCACUCAUUGGCCAACAGCUCAUCAGUCAUCACCUACUGCUAUAUUAAUUAGAUUCUCCUCUUUCUGUCACCAUUCCCUACUGAUCUCUAACCUCAGUUGAAAGCAGCUGGACUAGGCUAUGUGCCCUUCAGGGACUCUCUGAUUGCUCUGGUAUUGCCUAGAGUGCAUUUUUGGGUUUCAUCCUUUUGUCCCAAUGAAAUUUUACAGAUUACUAGGUCAGAAAAUUAGUUCCUUCACUCUCCAAUGACCUAAUGACCAGCAACAUCCAGGGCGUUGGUGCUGGGUAAACCUUUUUAGUUUUCCAGAGAGGUUCUUAUUAGAUGCUCUCUUUUCAACAACAAUGGGUUCAGUUAUAUUAUUUUAGGCUUGUGUUAGGUUCUGCCCUUUUGGUGACAAAGAAAAAAAAUGCUCACCAUUACGUGAUGGCAUUUUCUGUUACAUUGCACUAGUAUUUCUCCCAUUUUAGUAUCAGAAAUAUCUUGAGAUGAA